AAAUAAUCGAAUAAAUAUGAAAUAAACCAAUCAGAUUUAUUAUAUCUUUAAAUUUGUGUAUCAUUAUAUCAUUAUAAAUUAUACAUAUCAAUAAAUCAAUAAUACCACAGAUACUAAAGAAAACAUUGAUUAUGUGGAUAGUUUAACUAACAUUCUAAGAAUUAUGUUAUUAUCAUUAUAAAUUACUUAUUUAUUAUGGAAUCCGUUUACCUUGAACUCUUAGAUGUUCUACCAACCAGUGUGUUACUAAACACGUUCCAUGUUAAAAUAUUAGAUCAAUGUGUAAUAUGCAUGGAAAAGUAUUGUAUUGGAGAUGAAGUGAUACGACUUCCAUGUUUUCAUGCAUUCCAUGAUGAUUGUUUUGUAGAUUGGAUUUUAGAGGUAACUUUUAAUACAUCAGAUAUAAUUAUCAGUAUUGUAAUUUUUAAGUGUAGGGUUGUGGAGUUUGUUGAGUUUUAUUGAAAUUAUGAACACAUCAAUGUUAGACAAUCAUUGAAAAACUGAAAUCACUGAACGAUUGUUUUCAUCUAGUAUGGGACUAGUCAGUAUUGCACAUUCACAAACUCUCAGUAGGCAAUCGCACCUAGAAAUUGUAGUCUUGUGUGCAAACGCUUAAUCUUUAGACCACUGAACUGGCAUUUAGAGGUGUUUAUGUUUAACUUCUAUCAAUGCACGGUAUUGACCAACCGUUUUCCAUUGUGUUCGUGUUUAGAUUGUCCAAUAUGUCGAUGGCCAGCAUUUGAAUUUGAAUAAUACGAAAAGGGAAUCAAUGAAUACAAUUUCUAUUCUAAAUUCCAUUGAACUAUCUUCUUCUUAAUGAUGAAUGUACAUAGUUCUUUCAUUUAUUGAGAAUUAAAAAAAGAUAUUGAUUUGUUAGAAAAUAUGUUUGAGUUAUAUGUUUAUGAUGAAGAUGGAUAGUUGCUAAGGGUUGGAAUCCAGCUUGAUGUAUGUUUCGUCGUAGUUGGGAUUCAUCAGUUGGAUAGACUUGUAUUCCACAGAUGAUGAUCACUUCAGGACUCGAACCGAUUAUCAUUCACUUUGAACGCUACCAUGUUGUCUACUUAGCUAUUGAGUCCAGAUAGUCAAAAGUUUAUACAAUGAGGGGGGGUAGAUUUUUAAUUUAUUUUUGUAUUGUUUGUUUGAAUCUUUCCAUUGAUAUUUUGGGAUUGUAAUUGAUCAGUCUUUUGUUAGCAUAUGUGCAUACUGUGAGUAUUACAUCGAUAUUGCCUUAAUUUAGAAGGAUUAUAAGCAAA